AGAAGAAGAAGAAGAAGAAGAAGAAGAAGAAGAAGAAGAAGAAGCCUUCAUAAGUACAGCAGCUCCACCGUGUGGACAAAUGUGUCAACUGCAAUUUGCUGCUGCCUUGAUGCUAGUGAGGAAGAAGAAGAAGAAGAAGAAGAAGAAGAAGAAGAAGAAGAAGCUCUGUCUCUCUGUCUCCUGCUGUCUCAGGCUCUCAGGUAUAUGGACAGGAGACGAGAUGGAGGGAGACAGGAGACAGAUGGGGAAACGUGUCGCAGCUCCAGCCUCAUCUGUCAAAUCCCCUCCAAAACCCUCCACAGCUGAGCCGAGGCCAGCCAACGUUUGGGAUCCGUCCAUGUGUGCUACUGGACCAGAAGGUCACCAGUCAGGUCAGUGUGCAGAGACGGGGAAUCUGCUUCAGACGGGUCGACGAGUGUCUGCUUUUUUUUUUCUUUUCGGAGAAUAAGAAGGAAGAGCGGCGAUGUAUCGAUCAGUCUCUCUGGAAAACAAGGAAUUAAUGUCUCCGUACGGAGAAGAAAGAGACCGUUACUUUGUCAGAGAUGAGGACUGUGCCAGUGAGGACUAUGACCUGGACUCAGAGAGCAGCGAGGAGGGUAAAGGCGGCAGGAGCGUUCGCAGCUCCCUGUCCAUGGAGAUCUACGGCUUGCAGAGGGAGCAGCACGUUUACUUCUCCAACCAGGAGUACUACAGGAGGCUGGAGGAGCUGAAGAGCGCCCACCUGAGGAACAUGGCCGAGCUGGAGAGGAUGUACAUCAGCCAGGGCGGAGAGGAGGAAGACGGAGGUCUGAGGGGAGGAGAGAACAGAGAGGCCAGGCUGUCGAUCAGUAGUGGCCCAGCCAGGAAACUCCAGAGGAUCAAUUCCCAGGAGGAGCUGGACUUCCAUGACACAUCGAGUGGUUCUGACCAAUCAGAGCUCUAUGGAGCGGACAGCAUGGGGGAACUGGAGGUGCACAGUCCCAGAAGGACGGUCCAGGACCGAACCUUUCGGAGAGACAUCCUGCUGAGCCCAGAAGAACUGACAACGCAGAAGCAGUUCCGAUUCCAGCCCAAGGCCUACUAUCCGAAACCGCAGGGAAGACAGUCCCGGCAAAGUGGGGUCAGGUUCAAGUCGACCUCCAAGGUCACUGUGCCCAAACCCUUUCAGAUGAUGCUGAGAGAGGAGCAGAGGAAGAAGCACAAGGUGAGGACGCGCUCGGAGAUCGAGCUGGAGAACACGUUGCUGAGACGGGAGCUGGAGGAGCUCCAAGAGUGCCAGAAGAAGUUCAGAGCGUCACCGGCACCGGCGCACAUACACCUGCCUCUCUACGAAGCCAUCAGCCGCCGCUCCACUCAGCGAUCCAACAGAACAAUCAGUACCAACAGUAAGCGUGACACCAGAAGAAACCAGCCCUCCGCUGCCGCUUCACCACAGCCUUUCCAUUUCCUGGAGAGAGAGCGGAGGAAGAGGGAGGCGAAGAUUGUGGCCGAGCUGGGGACGCUUGGAUCGAAAGAGCAACGGCAGACCUUCAAAGCCAGGCCCAUGCCCAGCUCGGUGUACGGCGCCAGACACAGAGCAGACACCAAGACCACAAACCGCCGGCCCCGGUUUCUCACCAUCAGCACUCUGGAGAGGGAGGCCACGGAGGGCCAAAGCGAUCCAAACUCCGACCCGGAGUCGGAUGCGCUCAAGUCUCCUGACUCCUGCAGACCUCAGAGACGUCCGUCGGCCAAGCCGGUGAAGAAGCAGAUAGAGCUGUCGAUCGAGAUGGUGAAGGAGAGGGAGCCGUUCAAACACCACAGCGACUGCAUCAGUGUGUGAGAGACGAUGUUCCUGAAUCAAAGCAAGGCAGCAAAGAAGAAGGAAAACCAGCUAAAGUUUUGUAUAUAUACGUUUAAUUCUGCGACACAGCUAGUCACAGUUUAGUUACUCUUUAUCACACAGCAGGACACGGUUCAACACCGAAGGUUUAAGUCUUAGCCUUUAUCUUCCGUAGCACGUGUUGUUUUCAUCAAACUCUUUAACACUAAAUGGAAAACGUACGCAGCUCUUUACUCACACAGCGACAGCAUUCCCGUUAACAAAAUG